GAACAUAAUGAUUGGAAACAAUACUGUAAAUAGAUUUUUCAGGAAUAAAGGAAAAAGCACAGCAAACCAGCCCUUCUCGACUAAUAAGAAGUCGAUGAAGGAGAAGGAUUUAGCAACUUUCUCUAUGAAGAAGACUUUGAAACCACUGGAGUGUCAACUUGAUGCUAAGGUAGUGAAUGGCAAAGCUGACUGGGUUAAGGAAUCAAAUGGUAAAAAAAAGCAAGUUACCAGUCCAGAAGAUAGAGAUAAAGCAGGAUUUCAAAAUAAGGUUCAGGGUUGUCAAGAGGAAUUCAAAUUUCAAAUUUCCAGCAAGCCCUCGAAUUUUUUGGAUUCAAAAAUUCAUAUAAACACUGACAAUGCAGAAAGAACUAAUCGAAAGAGGAAGAAAGUUAAUUCCUACAAGAAAGGGUCUGAGGAGAGAGAAGUGGUCAUCCCAUGUGCUUCCCAGCUUCAUUGGUCCAAACACAACAAUGGUACCGCCAUUUUUAAAAAGAAGGAGGGUAACAAUACAGUAACUAAAGAUGCUGGAAAGCAAGUAACUUUCAACCAAGAUGUCAGUAUAAUUUCAAACAAGAAGAGGGAACUCAAGAAGAAAUCUAAAAUUGAUGCUGAGAGAAUCCUAAGCCUGAUGUCUUCUACCUCCCUGGAUGUUAUCAAGGAAGUUAUUGCAAAUAAGGAGCAAGGAUAUGAGAGCAAAUCUAGUAAAGGAGAAUUAUGCAAAAAUAUAAGUUCAGGAUUCAAACCCGAUUUUGUAAGAUGUCCCAACAAACAGAAGUUUGAAAAUUUAAAUAAGAAAAAUCAAAUACUGGAUAAAACUCCUGAGCCAACAAGUAGAUCUAAUGUUCUGGCAAGACUAAAGAAGGAGACACUCAAGACAAUCAAGAGCGUCAUAAAGAGGAAGAACACUGACGAUCAGGACCAGUGGUUAUGAGAGCAAGGCAGGACUAAACCCGAGAUUGAAGCUCAAGAAAUUCUCAAAGCCCCCAGCAUUAGUGAAAAGUACCAAGAGCUACUAACAGACAAGGCUCCUGAAGUUGUGUUUCCUGCUCAGUACAAACUUCUGAUCAGAUUUUAUGCAGCCUUAGACGAAGUCAUUCUCUUUUUUAAGAAAAGGGGCAAAGUAUGCAUUUUUGAGGAAUUAGCAGUGUCGGUGGAAAAUAGCACAAAAAGAAAUUUUAACAAAGCUAAUUUUGGCCAGAUUUUAACCGUAUCUCCAGACUCUUACACCUAUGAAUGGAAAGAUCUAAAGGGCAAAAGAGGAUACAGCUUGGUACUUGAUGUACCUGAUAGAGCUCUUGAGAUACCCUCAGCCAUCCAAAAGAGGAAGGAUGAGUUCAAAAACAAGCUUUUUGAAAAAGCCAAUGAACACCAUCAGAAGUUCCUUAGACAAGUUAUCAGUAAGAGACCAAAUCUCAAAGAUUAUUUGGAAGAUUUUGAUCCAAUCCAAAUGGGAGGAUGGUACCAUGAAUUUGAUCCCCACAAAAGAGUCCCACCCAUUGAACCCAAGGAGAUCAUGGGAAAGCCCAAAGCUGCUAAGAGAAGUGAAAGUGUCUCUGAAUUCAUGAAGAGGAAUAGAAGCAUACAGAAGAAGUUUUCUUUGGCAAACAUUUCUGGAAGUAGAGAACGCUCAUCUGAUCACGAAGAAGAUGUACAUCCAAAUGCUCUUUCUUCGAUCAAGAAGACUAAGAUUAAGCUUGAGUCCAAACCAAGUGCUACUGUGAAGACAAUCAAGGGGAUCCCAAUAGACUUGCUCGAAAGGAUCCAAUUGAGAGAAAGUGCUAGUUCUCAGGAGAAGCAGGAGAAAGAACUAGAGUUUAAAAAGAACAAACCAAAGAUGGAACAAGACAUUUUGACCAGACUAAUCGACUCCAUCAAAUCAAUUUACUCAGUAAGAAACUUGAGCUCUCUUCCACUGAAAAAGGUAUUGUCUUUACUAUCAGACACAACAAAAGGGAGGUUCGAAUCAACUACCAACCUCAGAGAAAAGCUUGAAGACCUAUGCUCAGCUUCUCCAGAUUGGCUAAAAAUAAUCUCGACUCCAAAAGGCGAAUUCCUAAAAAUAAAAACAACCUACUCCAAGAGGAACGUAAAGUUGGACAUCGAGAGAUACACUAAGCAGAAGUAUGCAGUACAGGAGUAAGCAAGCAAGGGGGCCUGUCUCAGGCCUACAGCAGGCAGU